GAGUCUGACAGCCUCAUUAUCAUUUUGUCUUGGCUUGAGGGGAUUACUAUCCACCUUUCCACACCCGGUGAAACUAAACUAAGAUAGAGGGACCAGAAGUCCUCAUCAACAGGACUGCUACCAUUUAUUAGUGGACAACAUGCUUCUGUAUUUAAACGUCCUGGUGCUGCUCCUCCUGCAGCCGGCUCUGUCCAGCCCAGUGCCGCUGACCACGCCGUCCAGAGGAUGUGCCACCUGUAAAUCAAAGUCCACACAGAGUCAGCCGACCGUGAAUGUAAAUGGCACCGCUCUGACCCUUGGAGAACCAUGUGGGGUGUACACUGUGAGCUGCGCCGACGGUCUACGGUGUGCACCUUCAGAGGAUGAUCCGAGGCCCCUCCGAGCCCUGCUGGAAGGCAGGGGAGUCUGCAGCAACGCCAGCAGCAUUGGUCCGACUGAAAGCGCCCCAACUGUAGACCCAGCACCUACUGAGGAUCCAGACCAGGCUCCAUGUCGUAAACUGCUAACUACACUCAUCAAAGGUCUUGAUGCCCAUUUAUUUCGGUCGCAUCAUGAUAUCUACAUGCCUAACUGUGACAAGCGAGGCUUCUUCAGAAAGAAGCAGUGCUGGUCGUCUCGGGGUAAGCGGCGUGGCCAGUGUUGGUGUGUGGAUCAGAACGGCAUGCUGGUCUCCUCAAACCCCAAACAGACUCGAGGUCUGAGUUGUUAAAAUGCACAGAGCCUGGACUGAAGCAGACGAGGCUCAAGCUUCAUUGCUGACACGAGAUAAAGAUGAAGGAACACCAGUACAGAGUCUCACAUUACAGUCAAACAGCUCUCCACCAAUGAACAGCUGUUCCCAAAUCAGGUGUAACUUUGUCUCUUUGCGCCCUCUACUGAACAUAUUAGGACUUUAUUGAUCAGACAUUACUGCCAUAUAUAUGAGGUGUAGAUGUACAAUUGAUCAAAUGUAUACCCAGACGAAUGUCACAUUCAGUUUGACUACAGUUUGAGCUACACACAUUCAGGUUGUUCAUCUCUGUUUCAACAUUUAAACUACAUUAUUAUUAUUAAGGCAUCAAACAAUAUCAGGAAAGAUAUGAUUUGAACGAAUGUAUUAUAUUUUUACAUAUAUUCUAAGUUUUUGUUGUUUUUUUACUUUAAAAUCACUGUAUAACUGUAAUUAAUGUACAUAAUCUCUAAUUAUAAUCCUAUUUAUGCUACUUUGAUUAUGAUAUUCUAUUUAUGAUAAUAUUGCAGGUAAUUUAUCAGCAGUUGCCCAUUAGAGCAGACAUCUAAGUUGUUGUUGUUUUUUAAUUAAACUGAAUUUCUAAUGCAGAAUUAGAUAGGGGCAUUAUUAUUUGAUUUUCUUUUAUUGGUGGCAUUCAUGAAGAAAAGGUGCCUCUUGAGCAAUAAGAAGAGGCGUGUUUAUCACAAGAGGUUUUGUAUUGUGGAUUUGUGCAUUUAAACAACUAUGUGUUACCAUUUUUAAAUAAAAAUGACUUUGCUCAAGUAGUUAAUCCAUCUCGUCCUUAAAAAGAAAAUCAUGGAUCAAGGGAGAAGAAGAAUAUUUGCUGUGGAUCAAUGCAAUGUUGAAGAACACAUCACAUGUAACAUGACUACAGAUUU